ACGUGCAGUGGCUGACAGGAGGGCUGGUGGGAGUGAGUUGUUUUGGGGACGGUCGGAGGGAAUUGUUGUCUCGUCAUUUCACUCACCCCCUCGCCGCCUCGUCCUUACCCACGGCGGUUUGUUUCCGGGCAUUAUGAAGCUAUUCUCCCCGUGACAGCUCUCUCACGUCACGCUGAACUCCAAAUAUGGCCGAACAAGACCUUUGUCCCCACCUGGACUCUAUCGGGGAGGUGACCAAAGACGACCUCCUUCACAAAUCCAAGGGAACCUGUCAAUCAUGUGCCGUCGGGGGGGCGAACCUGUGGGCUUGUCUUGAGAAUGACUGCCCAUAUGUAGGCUGUGGAGAGUCGUACUCCGAUCACAGCACGCUGCAUGCUCAGGCCAAGAAGCACAACCUGACAGUGAACUUGACCACGUUCAGGAUCUGGUGCUACGUGUGCGAGCGGGAGGUGUUUCUGGAGCGCAGGCCCGCCUUGGCGCCUUCCCUGGCACCCGCCGCCCUCCCCCACCACCACCACUGCGUAGCCUCGGAGCAGGAAGCGGCCGCGCCGCCGCCGCCGCCGCUCGGUCACCCGCUAAAAGCGGUGCCGAUCGCCAUGGGGGAAGAGGAGGGCUCCGAAUCCGAGGAGGACGAGCUUAAACCCAGAGGUUUAACGGGAAUGAAAAACAUUGGCAACUCGUGCUACAUGAACGCAGCUCUUCAAGCUCUGUCCAACUGUCCUCCUCUCACUCAGUACUUCCUGGACUGUGCCGGGCUGGUCCGCACCGACAAGAAGCCGGCUCUCUGCAAGAGCUACCAGAAACUCAUCUCAGAACUCUGGCAUAAAAAACGGCCCAGCUAUGUCGUCCCGACCAGUCUGUCCCACGGCAUCAAGCUGCUGAACCCCAUGUUUCGUGGUUAUGCUCAGCAGGACACCCAGGAGUUCCUGCGCUGCCUGAUGGACCAGCUCCACGAGGAGCUGAAAGAGCCGCUGACCGAGUGCGGCGGCGAAAGCAGCGACGGCGAGGAGAGGCUUGACGGCGAGCGCUCGCCCGCCGAGGAAGACUUCCUCUCCUGCGAGUCGGGUUCCAACAGCGACCGCGGCGAGGCGGGGAACUGCAGCGGCGAGACGCUCGCGCAGGACGAGCGCGACGGCGUCGGCACGGCGGGGGACGGCCCCUUGGGCGGGGGGAUCUCGGAGAAGGAGAGGCUGAAGGACAGGCGGGUGUCCGGCUCGCCCCUUCGCGGGCCCUCGCAGGACAUGGACGAGGACGCCGACGUGGACACGGCCGUUCCCGAGAGAGCCGACGAAGAGGAGGACGCGGGGCAGGAUACGGACGCCCAACACCGAGAGAACAACCAAGGACAGGAAGGAAACAGCAUCUCACAGCCGGACAACGAAGUGGCGACGGCCUGCCCGCAAUCCACCCCCUGCAGUCCUGUGAGGAACCUCCAGGAGCUUCACGCCAAGCUCUCCUCCACUCCGCCUCGCUCCAGCCCGCUGCGCUCUGCGGGGUCCUCGUACCCUUUCAAGAAAGGUGCACGCUCUCCUAUUUACGCUCAGUUGCUGCUGAGCUCCAGGAAGAAGAAGCAGUCGCACUAUCGCAGCGUCAUCUCCGACAUCUUUGACGGCUCCAUCCUCAGCCUGGUGCAGUGUCUGACUUGCGACAGGCACAAUAGUGUGACUGUACCGCAGGUGUCUACCACAGUGGAGACCUUCCAAGACUUGUCUUUGCCUAUUCCCGGGAAAGAAGACUUGGCCAAGCUCCAUUUGUCCAUCCACCAGAACCUUCCUGUCAAGACCAACGUGUGUCCCGACACGUACGGCUCCCAGGGCUGGAUCUCCUUCAUCAUGGACUCCAUACGCCGGUUCGUGGUCUCGUGUAUACCCAGCUGGUUCUGGGGGCCCAUGGUGACCUUGGAGGACUGCCUGGCUGCCUUCUUUGCCGCCGAUGAGCUCAAAGGCGACAACAUGUACAGCUGUGAGAGAUGUAAGAAGUUGAGAAAUGGUGUGAAAUAUUGCAAAGUGCUCCGACUUCCAGAGAUUCUGUGCAUCCACCUGAAGCGCUUCCGGCACGAGGUGAUGUACUCGUUCAAGAUCAGCAACCACGUCUCCUUCCCGCUGGAGGGCCUGGACAUGCGACCUUUCCUGGCCAAAGACAGCCCGUCCCAAGUCACCACGUACGAUCUGCUCUCCGUCAUCUGUCACCACGGCACCGCUGGAAGUGGGCACUACAUUGCGUAUUGUCAGAACGUGAUCAACGGUCAGUGGUACGAAUUUGAUGACCAGUACGUGACUGAGGUCCACGAGACGGUUGUGCAGAACGCAGAAGCCUAUGUGCUCUUCUACAGGAAAAGCAGCGAGGAGUCUGUGAGGGAGCGGCAGAAGGUGGUGGCUCUGGCCAGCGGCAAGGAGCCCAGCCUGCUGCAGUUUUACAUCUCGCGAGAGUGGCUCAACAAGUUCAACACCUUCGCAGAACCGGGCCCCAUCGCCAACCACACGUUCCUUUGUCACCACGGAGGCAUCCCUCCAAAUAAAUACAACCACAUCGACGACCUGGUCGUUAUCGUGCCGCAGAAUGUGUGGGAGUACCUUUACAACAGCUUCGGCGGCGGCCCUGCAGUCAACCACCUGUGCUUGUGCGCCAUCUGCCAGGUGGAGAUCGAGGCGCUCGCCAAACGCAGGAAAACAGAGAUAGACACUUUCAUUAAGCUGAACAAAGAGUUUCAGGCCGAGGAGGCGCCGAGCGUCAUCUUGUGCAUCAGCAUGCAGUGGUUCCGCGAAUGGGAGACCUUCGUCAAAGCCAAAGACAACGAGCAUCCGGGUCCCAUCGACAACAGCAAGAUUGGCGUCAUGAAGGCGGGCCACGUUCAGCUCAAGCAAGGCGCAGACUACGGUCAGAUUUCCGAGGAGACGUGGCAGUACUUGUUGGGAAUUUACGGCGGGGGUCCCGAGAUCGCGGUGAGACAGACGGCGAUCCCGGCCGACCCCGACGGACUCCACGGCGAGAGGAAGAUCGAAGCCGAGACCAGAGCGCUCUGACGUCGCCCGAGCGCCUUCCCGCGCCCUCCCACACAGCUGAGGAAUUUUGCACCCGGACGACGCAGCAGGAUGAGUCUCGGCCGGGAGUAGACUGUAAACGUGCGGGACUCAAUCUAUUUUACUUUUUUUUUUUUUUUUUUAUAUAAAAUCCUCACAAUGUCAUCAUGGCUGCAAACCACAGGCAACGGCGCCCAGAAAUAAGAAACAUUUUGUCCGGGCGUUAUCGGCAUAGCAACCUGCUACCACAACACGGGCCGUCAAGCGCGCGCACUCCACUCUACACGUCUGAGCCCUCAGGAAUGUCUAGCAAGUGCACAAAAAAAACAGACAAAAUACCAUUUUAUACAGUUGGAAAAUGAAAGCAGAGGUGGCAAAAGUACUUAUGUAGAAGUAAAAAAGAAAAAAAGAAGUAACAAAUCUGAAAUGCACUUCAACUUCAGUGCAAAAGCCACAAUGAAUUUUUGAUAACUUGGCACAACGUUGACAAAAAACAUCCCAAAAUAGUUGCCCUCUUUAUUGACUUGCGAGCUCGUUCUGAGAUGAAAAGAACUUUGCCGCAAGCUAAAUUCCGACAGGAUGAUCAGGACUGAACCGACAUGUUCCGCAUGAACCAAGCAAUACAUAACCCCCCCCAAAAAAAGCUAAAUUAACUCAUGAUAACAAAUGAAAAAAUAGACCUUACUUGUGUUUUUCAGAUUAGACAGAAGCUGUUGUUUUUUAGGCUAGCCUAAUGCUAACAUAUAAUGCAAAACAGCAUAGACAGGCUUACGGUAAUUAGCAUAGAUGUUACAGUAAUUAUAACUCUUCAAACAACAUGGAGCAGCAACACAUACAAACACAGCACACAACAAAAGAAAAUGUAACAUUUUCAUACAUAAACCGAAGUGUUCAACCAAAUCAUGUUAUUUCAUCUAACGAAAGUCAGCUAACUUAAUGCUAACAUAUAAUGCGAAACGCCACAGACAAGCUUGCAUAAGUUAGCGUAGAUGUUACGGUAAUUCUAAUUCUGCUUUGUGGGCACAUGGACAAUUACUGGAGCUUAGUAGGGGACCUUCUCUGCCUCUUCUUCCUGCUCUUAAUUACGCUGCAUCUCUUCCAGUAGAGCUCAGUGCUGCCCGGCGAUGUCUUACAAACGGGCGACAAAGCGGUGCAAUGCUGUACAUCGAUAAGAGGUGAAUUGUGCUGUGUUUAGUCUGUGCCAGUCACGGAGGAAAGUACUUGAGCAGUACAGUGCAGUGCAGUCAUUUUCAAAUCUGCUCGUGUGUGUUUUUGCCCGUGUUUCAGCGCGUAGCAUGCCGUGACUUAUGAUUUAUUUUUUCCCCCGAAUCAUUUCAUGACAGUGUUCGUGGUACUAGCGAUGGUUUGAAACCAACAAAACAGCGGUUGGCCUCGUUCCAACAGUCCUCGUUUCUUAAUGUGUGUACACAUGAUGUACUAAUGACUUGGUUAAAUUAUUAAAUGUGGUAUUUA